AUGAAUGUGAAUUUCGCCUGGGCAGAACGGAGCGCUUGCCUUGCCCUCGCCAACAAGAAAGAUCAGCUUCAGGAUCUGAACCACCAUAUCGCCAUUCUCCUUCAAAAUGCCUCUCGUGAACGAAACGUUGACGCCGAGCCCUCGGCCUCCGCGCGACAAAAAGCUCAGCAGCUGGUUCACGCAGAACUAUCUCCAGACCAUUCCACAACCCUCCAUCCUGCAAUCCCACCAUCCCCCGAACCCAAAUUUUCCCCCUUCAUGCAACAAGAACUCGAGCGCAAAGCCAGGGGCACACCUCUCACCGGCGGAAUCGAUUUGAGCCGCUACGAAGCCCCCGAAGCACCCAUGCGCGCCUCUGACAGCGACCCUCCGAACCUUGAGGAGUGGCGCCAGGCUCUGCGACAGGCCUACGUUGCCAGCUCGCAUCUCACCCAGCGCCACCGGAACUUGGCUUUACUCGAAGAGAACGGGAAAAACGCGUGGCUGAUCGGCAACUCCCAACUCGAGGAAAUUCUGCGUGGCCUAGAAAAGGAGCUGGUCGAAACCAAGGAGGCGACCGAGGAAGUAAACAAGCAGAGAAAGCUCGCCCAGGUGUCUCGCUAUGGCGAGAUCAGUAGUCUGGAGGAGACGUGGCAGCGCGGCGUCGGAGCCCUCUUGGAUGUUGAGCUGGCUUCUGAGGGCCUUCGCAAACAGAUUCUGGAACAGCGGCGCCAGAUGGCGCAGCAGAACUCGAUAUGA